GCGACCCAAAGCUGAAAUAAAUUUAAUUAUAUUUUCACGAAAAGUUGCAUUUGUAUUCCACUUCUGAUUAAUUUGUGAAUUUAACUCCAUUCAAAAGCAAAUGAAAGUCGUUUGUGCGUAAAAUGGGAAGGAGGCGUGGCUAACAGCAGAGAUAUCAACAUAGAAUCAAUAAAGGAACGUUACGUUCAGUUCAUUCAGUUCCCACGUUGGUUCAGAAAGGGAAGCCGGGCAAACACGGAGCAUGAAGGCUGUACCGUCAACCGAGACUCCGGAACACAAAUCCAGGAGGAAGGUGUCCAAACCCAUGAUGGAGAAACGCAGACGGGAGCGAAUCAACAGCAGCCUGGAAACCUUACGGCUACUGAUGCUGGAAAACACGGGAAACGAGAAGCUGAGGAACCCGAAGGUGGAGAAGGCAGAGAUCCUGGAGAGCGUUGUUGACUUCCUGAAGAAGGAGAAGGACCACCGGGCCGUGAGGAAGGCGUUCCCCGAAGAGCAGCGGCCCGCCGGCGGCCCCCACCGCAGCUACCACGACGGCAUGAGGUCCUGCCUUCUGCGGGUCAGCCAGUUCAUCGCCUCCAAGAGCCUGGAGCUGGAGGACGGCAACUCACUGCAGGCCUCGCUGAAGCUCUCAGGGUCUCCGACGGCUGUUUCCUCCCCGGUCCUGGUCCCGCUCUGCGCAUCCCCGGUGGUCGCCCCCGGUGACGUCCCCGCCGUCCUGUCCCCUCAGCGCCACAUCUUACAGGAGUCCGAAACCAGGCAGAUGCUCUCCUUCGCCUCCUCCGCAACAGUCCCCGAUUCAGUCUGGAGACCCUGGCCGAAAUAAUGGAGACAUCGACAGAUGCUUUUUUUUUUAUCUUUUAUUUCUAUUUGUACAGCAUGGACACUUUUCUGCACAGAUAUUCUGUAGUUUUCACGUAUUUCCUCUUUUUUUUAUGUACCUAUGUAAACCAGGGAUGCACCGAUCCACUUUUUUUUCACUUCUGAUACCGAUAUCUGAGGCCAGAGGCUUGGUAUGAUACCGAUGCAACGCA